ACCGUUAUUUCCAUCGCCCUUUUUUUCUCUUUACACUCCUCUCCUCUUUCUCCCUUUGCCUGUGCGUGUCCCCUCCCCUCUCGCCGAGCCAUUCGAUUCCUUUCCCCCACCGCCAUUUCGCCAAUUCCGGCCGCCAUCUAGGGUUUCGCGGCGCGCGUGACCGGCGCUUCCUGUAGUGCGUCCCGCUCCCGCUGGCGGCCAGAGGAGGAGGAGGAGGAGGAGGAGGAGGUGGUGGAGGGAGAGUGGUCGGCCUGCGACGACGUGGUGGAGAGGUGGUGGAGGGUGGUCGCGUUAGCCGCGGACUGUGUCCUCGGCGAGUGAGGAGGCUUUGCCCCGGGGGGUUGAUGAGGAGGUAGGAGGUGGUGCGGUCGUGUUGUUGAACUGGCGGCGGCGCGGCGGCGAUAGGCAGACAUGUAUUUCAGCAGGCUCGAUGACUCGCCCAUGUUCAGGAAGCAGAUGCAAUCACUUGAAGAAGGUGCUGAAUUACUCAGGGAGAGAUGCUUGAAGUAUCACAAAGGUUGCCGCAAAUACACUGAAGGGCUAGGGGAAGCAUACGAUGGAGAUAUUGCAUUCGCAAGUUCACUAGAAGCAUUUGGAGGGGGUCAUAAUGAUCCAAUCAGUGUUGCAUUCGGAGGACCUGUUAUGACCAAAUUUACGAUUGCCUUGAGAGAAAUUGGAACAUACAAAGAAGUUUUGCGCUCCCAGGUUGAGCAUAUGCUAAAUGACAAGUUGCUGCAGUUUGUGGACAUGGAUUUGCACGAUGUGAAGGAUGCCCGGAAGCGUUUUGACAAGGCUAGUCUUCUGUAUGACCAGGCUCGUGAGAGGUAUUUAUCAUUGAAGAAAGGCACAAGGUCAGACAUAGCAACUGCAGUAGAGGAUGAGCUCCACAGCGCAAGAUCUUCAUUUGAGCAAGCUCGUUUCAACCUGGUGACUGCACUCUCAAAUAUCGAGGCAAAGAAAAGAUUCGAAUUUUUGGAGGCUGUUAGUGGGACAAUGGAUGCACAUCUUCGUUAUUUCAAACAAGGGUAUGAAUUACUCCAUCAGAUGGAACCAUAUAUCAAUCAAGUUCUGGCUUAUGCACAACAAUCAAGAGAAAGGUCUAACUACGAGCAAGCUGCUCUUGUAGAGAGGAUGCAAGAGUUCAAAAGGCAAAUUGAUCGGGAAAGUCGGUGGUCACCGACUGGCAUGACUGAUUCCCCUAAUGGUGAUGGAAUACAAGCAAUUGGUAGGAGUUCACAUAAGAUGAUUGAAGCGGUCAUGCAGUCAGCUUCAAAGGGCAAGGUCCAGACCAUUCGGCAAGGUUAUCUCUCAAAGCGAUCUUCAAACUUGAGAGGUGACUGGAAAAGGAGGUUCUUUGUCCUUGAUAAUCGAGGAAUGUUAUACUAUUAUCGCAAGCAGAAUAGUAGACCAUCCAGUGGUUAUCCCAACCAACGAAGUAGCACUCCUUCCGAGCAUGGUUCUGGGUUGCUUAGCAGAUGGUUCUCUUCUCAUUAUCAUGGUGGUGUACAUGAUGAGAAAUCUGUAGCACGGCAUACAGUAAACCUGCUAACAUCAACUAUUAAAGUUGAUGCAGACCAAUCAGAUCUAAGGUUCUGCUUCAGAAUAAUAUCUCCCACAAAAAACUACACGUUGCAGGCAGAGAGUGCAAUGGAUCAGAUGGAUUGGAUCGAAAAGAUCACUGGUGUGAUUGCUAAUUUGUUGAGCUCCCAAUCCCCUGAGCGGCGUCUAUUGCUGAGCCCUAAGGGCAGUGGCCAUCAUCGAACAACGAGUGAAAGUAGUUCUUUCAGUAGCUCAACAGAACUUGACCAUUCUAUAAGUGAAGACUGUAUGAUGGAAAAGAACCCAGGAAGUGGGUAUUUUGAGCACUCUUCCAGAGUCACACAGCAUCACAGAACCAGCAUGAAACCUGAUAGGCCAAUUGAAUUGCUUAGGAAGGUAGUCGGAAAUGAUAUUUGUGCUGAUUGUGGUGCUGCGGAGCCUGACUGGGCAUCCCUAAAUCUUGGAGUUCUUCUAUGCAUAGAAUGCUCUGGUGUACACAGAAAUCUUGGUGUACAUAUAUCUAAGGUGAGGUCUCUGACACUUGAUGUCAGGGUCUGGGAGCCAUCUGUAAUCAAUCUCUUCCAGUCUUUAGGGAACACAUUUGCCAACACAAUCUGGGAAGAAAUGCUGCCUUUAUCAAGCAGUGUUGAUCAUGGUGAUACUCCAAGGGCUGAUGGAAUAGAAAACACUUCACCUAAUUUGGCUGUCAGCAAGCCUAAACACUCAGAUCCUAUCGCUUUGAAGGAGAAAUUUAUUCAUGCCAAGUAUGCUGACAAAGAUUUUGUACGAAAGCGUAAUAUGGAUGAGACUCAGCUAGCACAACAGAUGUGGGAUAAUGUAAGUUCAAACAACAAGAUGGGUGUGUACAGUCUGAUAGUGGGGUCGCAUGCCGAUGUAAAUUUAACUUAUGGGCAGACAUCAUUUAAUUCGGCUUUGACUCUUGGAAAAGCACUGCUUCUGCAAGAGCAACCGGCUUCGCCAUCAAAUGGAAGCUCUAGAUGCUUUGAUCGCGGUUCGCUUGAGAAGAUUUCUCCCACGGACUCCCUUUCUCCUGCCAGCACAAGUGAGCGCAUAGACGAAUUAGAUGUCGGUGUAGAGGGAUUAUCCCUGCUUCAUUUAGCGUGCCGUGUUGCGGAUGUGGGCAUGGUUGAACUACUCCUGCAGUAUGGUGCCAAUGUAAAUUCUACAGAUUCUAGAGGCCGGACACCGCUUCAUCACAGCAUUUUGAAAGGAAGACGUGUGUAUGCCAAGCUGCUCCUUUCCAGGGGUGCUGAUUCACGAGCCACAGACCGUGAUGGUAGAACAGCAUUACAGUAUGCUAUUGAUAGCGGAACUAUCAAUGAUGAAGAGAUUCUUGUUUUGUUAGAAGACCCAAGUAGAUAAUCCAGUAGCUAGCCUAGCUAGACCUUCGUUUCAGCAGUAAGCGUGUGCUCUGACGUGCCUUUCUGCUGCUGUUGAAGGGGCACGGCUCCGAGCUCGCCGGGCUGAUCGAUGAUCCCUGCUUGUGUCAUGAGAGCAUAGGCCCCUCCCUGGUUUGGACCCACUUUAGCGUGAGCUACACACUCUUAUGUAUUGUGUUUGCGAUUUGCAAAGCUUUCGCCGGGCUUGGUUUGCAGAUGAUGGUAUGAUACACUGUAAGUUUGUACAUUGCGUUGAUCCCAGAGCCCUGAUCGCCUUCUGAUGACAGAUGAUGUGUAUAUAGUGACAUGGAUUGUACCAUGGAUAUGAUUUAAGCAGGCAUUAGUUUGGUCUUGGUGAGAAACA